AUGAAGAUGAGGAGCCUCUCCUCCUUUUACCUCUCUCUGUGGUUACUGUUCACAGGAGUGAUACUCAAAGCUGUAGAAUCAGCCAAAGGAAAAUAUGCUCACAUGCUGUUUAACAAACUGUUUGAAGACUACUCCAGUGCUCUGAGACCAGUGGAAGACACAGAUAAAGUACUGAAUGUCACCCUUCAGAUCACAUUGUCCCAAAUUAAAGACAUGGAUGAAAGGAACCAAAUUUUGUCAGCUUACUUAUGGAUUCGACAAAGCUGGUAUGAUGCAUACCUCAGAUGGGACAAAGAUAAAUAUGAUGGGUUGGAUUCUAUCAGGAUUCCAAGCAAUUUGGUUUGGAGACCAGAUAUUGUCCUAUAUAACAAGGCUGAUGAUGACUUUUCAGAACCAGUAAAUACUAAUGUCGUGCUGAGAUAUGAUGGAAAAAUCACUUGGGAUGCACCUGCUAUCACAAAGAGCUCUUGUGUAGUGGAUGUGUCUUAUUUUCCUUUUGACAGCCAGCAGUGCAACCUUACCUUUGGGUCCUGGACCUAUAAUGGUAACCAGGUAGACCUCAUCAAUUCUCUUGAUAGUGGUGACCUCUCUGACUUCAUAGAAGAUGUGGAAUGGGAGAUUCAUGGUAUGCCAGCAGUUAAGAAUGUUAUCACUUAUGGCUGCUGCUCUGAGCCUUAUCCAGAUGUGACCUUCACACUGAUUUUGAAAAGGAAGUCCUCUUUCUACAUAUUUAAUCUGUUGCUUCCCUGCAUUUUGAUCUCUUUCCUGGCCCCACUGGGAUUCUAUCUCCCUGCAGACUCUGGUGAGAAAGUGUCUCUGGGUGUUACAGUUCUUCUUGCUCUGACUGUGUUCCAGCUGAUGGUUGCAGAGAUCAUGCCCCCAUCUGAAAAUGUACCUUUGAUAGGGAAGUACUACAUAGCAACUAUGACCAUGAUCACAGCUUCCACUGCAUUGACAAUCAUUAUAAUGAAUCUCCAUCACUGUGGCUCAGAAGCAAAGCCUGUUCCACAGUGGGCCAAGGUGGUUAUUUUGGACUACAUGUCAAAAAUAUUUUUUGUUUAUGAUGUGGGUGAAAAUUGCACAAGUCCUAAAAGAGAGAAGGAAGAAGAAUGUAGGUUAGAGGGGGAUGAUGGGUGUCAGGGGAAGCACAAAGAGGUAAGGAGUCCUCUUUCCACUAGGAGUGAUGACUGCAAUCUCAAGGAGAAGCUCAAUGGAAAUUGGAAUAAAAGCUAUGGAGUUCAUGGUGAUAAUGUUAAUUGCUGUUCUUGUUACAAAAUGCUAAUUAAAAAUAUUGAGUAUAUUGCUAAUUGUGUUAGAGACCAUAAAGCUAACCGGGCCAAAGGAAUUGAGUGGAAAAAAGUUGCAAAAGUGAUGGACAGGUUUUUCAUGUGGAUUUUCUUUAUCAUGGUGUUUUUUAUGAGUGUGUUGAUCAUUGGGAAAGCUGCUUAACUGAAAAUGAAUAUGUUCCUUUUGUAAAUCUAAAUAUUCUAUGUUAGUUUGUUUAGGAAGAGUUCUGUGAUAAGGGUGCUUUUGAGAUCUUUGUCUUGCAUUCUAUAACAAUAAACAAAUUGAUUC